GGAUGAAAAUGAGACUGUUUUGGAAGGAAGAAAUGGUUGUUUUAUCCGCCGCUUCAACAAGAAAAUGACUGGAAGCAGCCGUCCUUGUAGCUGAUCGCACUUUUUUGCUUUUCAGAUUCAAAGAAAAUGUCAGAGAACCCAAAAGUUAUUGGGAUGAAAGAGGAUGGAUCCCCUAAAUUCCCCUUCACUUGGUUCUCUUUUCUUCCCAAGUUCGACCUCCGAUUGCCGCUUCCGAUCAACGGCGGCAAGAAACCGCCGGCUACGGUGAUGGAUGAACGUCCGAAGGACGACGACGGUGCUCAGAAGCCGGAGUUUGUGAGGUUUCCUAAAGCAAACUUGGCCGUUCCUUCGGUGGAGGUUGAAGCCGAUGUCUCCGGCAAGACUUCCAAUCCGGCGGUCAUCUGGCAGGUAUAUGCCCUGGGAGGGUUUCUAAUUUUGAGUUGGGCAUGGGCAAGAUGGAAGGAGAGAAGGCCUAAAAGACGUUCAGAUGAUGACGAUGAGAACGAGGAUUCCAGGGAUACCUAGUUGUGUGUUUUGCCUUGAACAGCCCUUAAUAAAUGUUGAUGAAGAUACUUUUUAGUGUUAGAAUCGAUCUCGAGCUCAUACCAUUGUAAUUUCAAGUUAAUCAGUCAUUUCCUGACCUGACCCUUUGUCAAUCCUUGAAUAUGAUCUUAUUUUGAAGUUGAAGCUGUCUCAUUGAGAUUCUCUAUUGAUGCGACAGCUACAAUGUUUAGUGUUAAUAAGAGGCUUCCUGCUUGCG